AUGCUCUCAGUACAUCCCGUAUCCAAAGUUCUAUGGCAUUUUCGUUUAAAAAAUGUUGGGCUUGGAUCAACUGCGUUAGGUUCACUUCGUGCGAAAUGGCUCUCUGGAAAGGAUGCAUGGGGGCCUGAAGUUCCAGUUGGUUUGACUCAUGGACAUCCUGACAGUCCUGAAACGCAUACUUGGGAUUCCUUAGUUCACUCUUCACCAGAUUUUGGCGGCAAACCAUUGCCACAUUAUUCGUACCGUGAAAUUCCUAAAGGAAGAACAUAUGCAGAUUAUAGGCUAACAUAUUUUUUCAGCGCAGGACAUUAUUAUAUGCCUUACUUGGAUGAAUUUACUGAUGAAGAGUUAGGCAUACCACCAGACGAUGCUCCUGAUCCAGAUUACUGGGGUAACCACUACGAGAAAUACGGGACUUACCGUUAG